AUGGAUGUCAAUAUUGCCCCCUCGCACCUGGUUCCAAUUGCUCCCGCGCCGGUUCGGACACCUCCCGUCACUGUCCAAAAUAGUCCUAGCCCCAGGGUGGCCACAAUGCGCUUCAAUUGCCAAACUUGCGUGCGUAAGAAAAUAAAAUGCGACAAGACGGUGCCAGUAUGUUCGGGCUGCAGCAAAGCAAAGCUCCAGUGCAUCUACCAGACUCCCCCGCCACGAAAGAGAAAGAGAGAGCGAAGCCAGUUCGAAGAUGUACAGGAGCGAUUAGCGUGGUACGAGCGCAUUUUACACGACAACAAUCUUCUCCAUGCAUCCUCUGCGUCGACCCCACACGGGAAGAAGACGGAGGCAUCAGCGGUUUGCACACGGAACCUAACCUCAAUGCCGGACCCGCAACCUGCCACCUCGGGUAAACUUCUAUCUGCCGAUGGCAAGUCUCGCUAUAUUGACAGUGUGCUACUUGAUGGUGGACAGGGCGACCUGUGUGAAGUAUCCAAUUCCGACCAGGAUGACAGCCAUCACGAGGACAUCAGAGCUGAUGAGAGCACCCCGCCAGGUCUCCUGGGCAUUCUUGCAGCGCACGCCAUCUCUGGGGCCAUACUUGGAAGCACGCAAAGCAUCACCGGACAACACCCCGGCUAUGAGGAGGCAAAUAAGCUAUGGAAUGCGUACGUGCAAAACGUGGAGCCUUUGUGCAAGGUUCUUCAUAUUCCGACUGUCGCAAAAAUGGUCAAAACCGUUUCAAAAGAACCCUCCAUGGCCUCAAAGAGCGACGAAUGCCUGCUUUUCGCCAUAUACCAUUUCGCCGUAUUCUCCAUGUCGGACGCUGACUGUUUGCGAGAAUUUAAUCAAUCGAGGAAUGAUUUGAUUUCAAAAUAUCGGACCGUUGUGUACCAGACACUUAUCAAUGUAUCGUGGCUGAACACAACAUCAAUGCCGGUACUACAGGCUUACACACUAUUCCUCAUUGCCAUGCGCACUCAAAUUGAUUCCGACACGUUUUGGAUUUUGACAGGUAUUGCCAUUCGCCUUGCACAGCGUAUGGGGCUUCACCGUGAUGGUGACACCCUCGGGUUGCCACCAUUUGAGGUUCAGAUGCGACGGAGACUGUUUUGGCAACUGCUUCCGCUUGAUAGCUAUGCAGGCCAGGUUUGCGGCACUGGUAUCCUUAUAUCACCCAAUAGCUGGGAUACUAAACAACCUUUGAAUAUAAACGAUGAUCAGAUUUUCCCUGGUAUGACGGAGCCGCCCCUCGAACAGAGAAGCGCCACAGAAAUGAUUUUUUGCUUAUCUCGGAUGGAACUGUCCAAUUUCUAUACCCGAACUGGCGUCAAAUUGAAAGAGAUUGGUGCGACAAUUCAGUUUAGGGAUGCAGAGGACAUUGAGAGACUUAUUAGUGAGGUCGAAGACCUCAUCGAGACUAAAUUCCUUCGAUACUGCGAUAUCUUGAACCCCUUGCACUUUCUCACCACUGGGAUCACCCGAUCUGCGAUCGACGCUGUUCGACUGCGGGCUCGAAUGCCGCUCCUGAUAACGCAAACCAUCACAGACGCGCAAAGGAGGGAUAUUUGUGCGCUCGCUGCAAGAAUUCUCGAUACAACUAGCGCCAUCUACGGCAACCCCAGCAUGCAGAAGUAUCGAUGGCAAAUAAAAGCUUUCUACCUGUGGGACGCACUUCUCUGCAUUCUACGUAGUGUGGCAGAUGUCGGAUUCUACUCAACCUCGGAACUUGAUACUUCUUGGAACAAGGUUGCAGAUGUCUAUUCAAAUCACGAAGAACUUGUCAAGGGCAGAAGAAACCUAUAUGUCACAAUCGGUAAGCUCACUCUUAAGGCCUGGCUUGCAAAUCCCCCAAGUCAGUCAUCCCCAGAGCCGGUUUUCAUAACCGCGCUGUGUGCCCAACACGAAGCCAAAGUGAGCAGGCAACAGGAGAGCAUGGAUGAAAGCGUGGGGACCACAACGCUUUCGGACGGCGCAUAUGAUUUUGAUGAAGUCUUUGGCAACAUUGAUGGGACAGGCCUGAAUUUAAAUGGCGGCUUUGACCCUUCAGAUUGGGUCUUCUGGGAUCAGCCAUGUUGA